AUGAAUGCUAACAAAAAAUUAUGCUGUUGUGAUGAUUGCUUAAAUAAAUCAAAUGAUAAAGGGAGAUAUGUACAUUCUAGAACUUGGAGCAGACAUCAAGAAAAGAAAAACUUAUUUGAAGGAUUAGAAAAUGAUUCUGAAACUGAUUCUUUGAUGUCAAUGGAUAAUGAAAACACAAAAACCAAUGAUGAAGAAAUGAUCUUGGAUAAUAAAUUAGAAAUUACUAAUUUUGAUGAUGCAGAUUUUGAUAAUUCUGAUGAUGGUAAUGAUGAUAAUGAAGAUAAUGAAGAUAAUAUUUCUGAUGAUAUCUUAACUGGAAUGAAUUUGCUAUACUUGAAAGUGAUACAUAAUUUUUCAAAUCAAGCAUUCAAUGACAUCUCUUCCAAAAUCAUCAAAAAUAAAAAAAUUAGUCUGUUUAAAUCUAAAAAGCAUUUGGAUAAAUUGGUGCCUAUAAAACCCAAAUAUUAUGAGAUGUGUGUUAAUAGCUGUUGUCUCUUUUAUGGAAAAUUCAAUUCAAAUCACACAUGCCCUUUUUGCCAUGAACCUAGACAUAUAAAUCAAAAAGGAAGAAAAUAUAUGCCCUAUCUACCAUUAAUUGACAGAUUCAAGAUUCAAUUUGGUAAUAAGGAAAGAGUAAAAGAGCUACUAUAUCGUUGGGAAUAUAUUUCAGAAAGUAGUGAAGAAAUUGUUGGUGAUAUUUUUGAUGGAAAACUUUACAAAGAAUUAUGUGAGGAAGGUUUAUUUCAAGACAAAAGAGAAUUGGCAUUUUCAGUAUCUUGUGAUGGAUAUCAACUUUUUAAACAAAAAACAGAUGAGAAUUGGAUUUUUUUAAUAAUCAACAAUAAUCUUUCUCCACAGUUAAGGGUUAAGAAAGAAAAUCUAAUUAUAAGUUUCUUUAUACCUGGGCCUGACCAACCAAAAGAUUUUAAUUCUUUUUUGCAACCAUUGAUAGAAGAAAUGAAAAUCUUACAAGAUGGUGUGAAUUGUUAUGAUGCUUUACAUAAUGAAUACUUUCAAUUAAAGGCUCAUAUUUUAGCUUGGACUGGUGACAUACCAGCUGUAACUAAGAUCAUGUGCUUCACUGGUCACAAUUCCUAUCAGGGUUGUAGAUUCUGUAAAAUCAAUGGAACUUUGUUGAGAACUAAUUCACAUGUAUAUUUUCCAUUGAAUGAUAUCUCUUUAUCAAAUCUUCCUCUAAGAGAACAUGAAGAAAUUUUAAAGAACAUCAAUGAGAUAAAUAAUUGUAAAACAAAGACUCUUAAAGGCUCUUUAAUACAAAAAUAUGGGGUUAAAGAAAAAAGCAUUUUGUUUGAAUUGAAAUCCAUAAAGUUUCCAAGAUCCUUUCCACUUGACAUCAUGCAUUUAUUUUAUGAAAAUAUUGGCCCAAACAUGUAUAAACUUUGGUCUGGAAAUUUUUAUAAAAAUAUUGAUUUAGAUGAAAAUUAUUUAAUUAACAAAAAAAAUUGGAAGGAAAUUGGUGAUAUUUUACAUAAUAACAAGUAUAAUAUGCCAAGUAAUGGAAGGGUACCAAGGAAUAUAUAUAAGCAUUCAGCUGGUUAUAAGGCUGAAGAAUGGUCUAAAUGGAUAUCAUAUUUUUCUUUACCAUUAAUUAAAAGUAGAAUUGAUGACAGCAAAUGUAUAGAUGAUUUUGGACCAUGUUGUAAUUAUUGGCAAUAUCCAAUUGAGAGGCUUUGUGGGAUGUUGUUACCAUUAACAAAAUCAAAAAAGGAUCCAUAUAAAAAUUUAUUUAAUAAUAUCACUAUAUUAGAACAAUUUAACUUAAUCAAAUUUUUCCCACAGUAUAGUUCUAUUUUUGAAGACUCUGCAGAACAAAAUAAGUAUUGGCUCUCUCAUAGAGUUUAUACUAAUAAUUAUUAUGAAGAUUGUGAAUUCUAUUCACCAAGUAUUGCAUAUUCAUUAAGUGGUAGUGAAAUAAAGAAGUUAAAGGAAUGUUAUAACCACAUGUUAGCAUUUGUUAAUUUCACUACUGAUGUCAUAACAGAUGAAUAUGGCCUAAAAUACUUUGAGGAUUAUAGUUUUACUAAAUUUAUAGAAAUAAUUGGAAUUGAUCACUGUGUAGGAUUUUUAUCUUUUAUACCACCAAAUAGAAAGGCUGAAAUUAAUUAUAUCAUUGAUGAUGAUAAUAUAGAUUUUUAA